GGGAGGCGCGGAGCAGCCGCUGCCACUGGCUGGGCUGGGGACACACACGCCCACCCCCGGUCCCGGCGGGGCUGCGGGACGAGCAGCGCGCCGGGAGCGCGGCCGGAGCCCCGCAGCAGCGGAGGAGGCGACUUUAGGGUGUCCCCGCGCAGCGGAGUCACCCGCGCGGUGUUUUCGAGGGGAGUGACCCAUGCGGCUCUGAAAUGGGCUCCGUAUGGGAUGCGGCCGGAUCGAUGGAGCUGAUAACAGCGGGCUAUAAAAGGCCGGGGGGCGGCUGCGGCCGCGCUACAGCGCCCAGUUGCCGAGGCGGGAUGGGGCUGCGCCCCGCCGCGCUGGCGCUGCUCGGGCUGGCGGCCACCGCCGCCUCCGCGCUGCCGCUGCCCGACGCCGGCCCGCACCUCAACUACGGCUGGGGAGAGCCCAUCCGCCUGCGGCACCUCUACACCGCCAGCAAGCACGGCCUCUUCAGCUGCUUCCUGCGCAUCGGCGCCGACGGCCGGGUGGACGCGGCCGGCAGCCAGAGCCCGCAGAGUCUGCUGGAGAUCCGCGCCGUGGCCGUGCGCACUGUGGCCAUCAAGGGCGUGCAGAGCUCCCGGUACCUGUGCAUGGACGAGGCGGGGCGGCUGCACGGGCAGCUCAGGUAUUCCACUGAGGACUGUUCCUUUGAGGAGGAGAUUCGCCCGGACGGCUACAACGUGUACAAAUCCAAAAAACACGGAAUAUCAGUGUCUUUGAGCAGUGCCAAACAAAGACAGCAGUUCAAGGGGAAGGAUUUCCUUCCCCUGUCCCACUUCUUGCCCAUGAUCAACACGGUGCCCGUGGAGUCAGCAGACUUUGGUGAAUACGGGGAUUACAGCCAGGCCUUGGAGCCGGAGGCGUUCUCCUCGCCCCUGGAGACGGACAGCAUGGACCCCUUUGGCAUCGCCUCCAAACUGUCCCCCGUGAAGAGCCCCAGCUUCCAGAAGUGACUGUGCUCCCACUCCUGUUUUUACAGGGAUAUUGCAGAGUACUGCAGGGGUUUUAGCUUUUUGUGUGGUGGUGUUUGGGAACUUUUUUGUGUAUUUGAGCGUGGAGCCAGCCUCGUUCUUGUACCUGUAAGAAAUGGGUGCCAAGAGGCUGUUGUAUAGUCUGAAAAAUUGCCUAUCCAUAGUUUUAUUUGGAAAAGGAGGAUUAAAUGCGAAAAGUUUAGCAGCUUUAUCAGAAUUCCUCCAUAGGUGGUGAUAAAAUAACUUGGAAUUUUUCUACACCAGCUUCACUUCCACAUAUAUUCACCUCUUAUAUCUGCUCCUAAGAGCAAAUGCAGAAAAUCUUUUUCUCUUCAGAGACCUCAAACUCAAACAUUCGGACCAAAACUAGAUGAAGGGAAAAAUCCUACCAGAUGUAACUUGAGUUCAUGCUGCUUCUUAAAAGGCUGCUAACAGCAUUCUGGGGGAAACUUUCUACUGAAAGCACACUACUGAAAGAAAAAAAUGUGCUUGUAUAUUGUGCUUUUUCUUCCCUUAGAAAAUACAGAAAGAAAGGGAAAAUUUUCUUCCUUCCCUUAGUGCUAAAAAGUACUUUGGGAAACUUGAUCAUUGAUUUAUUUUGUAGGCUGAAUUAUGUUCUCUGUGGCACCAGAAUCUUCUAGCAGAGAGUUCUCAUCUACAUCAGUGAGAAUUCAGUGUGUGGUCAGAAGAGUGCCCAGGGCUGGAAUUGAUGUUCAUCAGGUAGGGAAUGAGCAGCUCAAAUGAAUGUUUAAAUGAAGAUUCUGUUGUAUAUAAGCAUGUAUAUGUCAUUAGCAAACAGAGAAAAACACUGAGAAUGGAUGUAUAGGUCAAAUCAGUUGUAAAAUAGGUUUUUUUGUGUUUAACUUUUAACCACCAGGAAUUCUUUCCAGUCACUUCCAGGCUUGAUUCAGCAUUCAUGGGAAUCAGUGGAGAGAUGGUUUAGGGAGUUAAAAGCUGCAGAACUGCGUCAGGAUGCUCCUUGCAGGGAGGGAUUGUGAGUACCUCUGGCCAAGGCACCUGAUAUUUUCAAGUUCUGUUCUCCCUUUGAAAAGAUUCAAUGAAGGAAUAACCAAGGUGAAGCCAAAGGCGGGGGAAAAAAAGGGAUGGUUCAAGGAUUCUACUUGUUUCCAAAGGUUCAUUUAUAAUACAGAUUUCUGUGCCAAAAAAAACCCCCAACAAACCCCCCUUCCCCAAAAAACAAACAAACAAAAACCCUAAAAAACUUCUUCUGGGAAUACUGGUGUUCUUCUGACCUAGCACUUCACUGCUAAUGCAAUAUUUAUAAUUAAUUUAUUGAAUACGUACAUCUGUUUAUUUUGUUACUCUUAUUUAUGCUCAAAAUUCUAUUUAUAUAGUCCUGAAGGUUUUUUAGUUGUAACAAAUCUCAUGAAGUUUUGUAAUCAAUGGAAUUUUAGCCAACAAUAGCUUUUAAAAUUUCUGUGCAUUAUCAGUAGUGUAAUGUGUACAUUUGCAAUAAAAGAGAAAAUCAUCUUCA